AAUUUAAGAGCCAUCACAAGAUUCAUAACACAAUCUUCAGGCUGCUCAUAAAAUACCUCUACAGAGAGGCCAAGGUUUUAGCAAGACGAAGCAGGCAAGCAGCCAUGGUUUUGGUCUCUCAAAGUGAGCUACUACCAUUUAACGAGAAUGACUCACAAGACAUGGUCAUAUAUCAAGUCCUCAAUGAAGCCAACCAAGCCAUGGCAGUAACCACCAGCUCAUCGACGACAAUGCCACAAAGAAACCAAAGCAACGCAUCAAACAUGCUCCAACCUGCCAAGAUGUUAGGGAAGAAGCACUACAGGGGCGUGAGGCGUCGUCCGUGGGGCAAAUACGCGGCCGAAAUCCGCGACUCUACGCGACAGGGUGCACGUCUAUGGCUAGGCACUUUUGAGACAGCGGAAGAGGCUGCUUUGGCUUAUGACAGAGCUGCUUUCAGGAUGCGUGGCGCAAAGGCACUACUUAACUUCCCAGCUGAUGUGGUUAUUGCAUCUUCUUCUAUGCAAAAAUUCAAGCCAACUUUGAGGUCAAAUAAGAGUACUGAUUUGGAUUCAAGUGCUAGCCUUAGCACAACCACCACCGGAACAUCACAGUCAUCGGAGUCGGAGAGUAGCACCACCGCGGAGUUUUCGCUGAAUCUGGGAUUAGUUACUUAAGCUAUACUUGGCAGGAGCAUUAGCCCGUGUCGCCAAAAACAAUCAUAUUUAAAUUGCUAAGGAUGCUUGAUACAUGUUUCUUGAGCUAUAGGACAUGAAAUUCUCUGUUUUACCAUACAAUUUCAUGGAGGUGUGAAAGUUUCAAUUUCUUUUUUUUCUUCUUCUUAUACAAUUUGGUAUUUGUUUAUGAAUUUCAAACCAUGCAACUUGGCAUCA